CGCAAACAGAAAAAAAAACACGAAAGAGAGAUCAAACAACAUGUCAUCUUCCUUGACGCAGAGAAACCCACAAGCCAAUGGCGCCGAGCAAGAUCCCUCCGAGUCUCCACCUCCACAACUAAGGAGACAACGUUCCACAUCUCAUCAAGUCAUGUCACAAACCCUAACAUCAGCUGCAAACUUAGCCAACCUCCUUCCAACAGGAACCCUCUUAGCCUUCCAGCUACUCAUACCUGUUUUCACAACAAACGGCUCAUGCGAGUACGCGACACGUGUCUUAACCUUAAUUCUCCUAACCCUUCUCUCCAUCUCAUGUUUCCUCAGCUCUUUCACGGACAGCGUCAAAGCUGAAGACGGUAACGUGUACUACGGGUUUGCUACUCGCAAGGGUAUGUGGAUUUUUGACUACCCCGACCCGUCCGGUUCGGGUUUGCCCGAUCUGAGUAAAUACAGGAUCCGGUUCGUUGACUGGAUCCACGCUGUUUUGUCUAUGCUUGUGUUUGGUGCGGUGGCUAUGAGGGACAAGAACGCCGUGAGCUGUUUCUACCCGGCGCCAGAGCAAGAAACCAAGAAGGUUUUGGAUAUUGUUCCGAUGGGUGUUGGUGUUAUUUGUGGUUUGUUGUUCUUGGUUUUCCCGGCGAGAAGACAUGGUAUCGGGUAUCCGGUCACCGGAGACGGAGGUCGCCGUUAGAUUCAUUUAGUGUUUGUGUAAAGAUGGUUGACUUAUUCGUUUGUCUGAUCAUUUCGUGUGUUGUACGUUUCUUUCUCAUGUGCUUCCUAUCUGUUAUAUAUUAUUUGAGAAAUAUUUUAAUUUGGUGGUUUGAUAAUAACGCAAGCAACGUUAUAUUAUAGUAGUGUGAUAGAUACAAAAAUAUCGUCGUUACUUGACCAAUCAUAG